AUGAAGACGCUCGGCCUGCUCGGUGGCAUGAGCUGGGAAUCAACCACCACCUACUACCAGGAAAUCAACCGCCGAGUUCGUCAAGUCCAAGGCGGCCUUCACUCGGCCAAGUGCAUCGUCUUCUCCUUCGACUUUGCCGAGAUCGAGGCCCUGCAGCACGCCGGCGAAUGGGACGAGGCCGGCAAGAUGCUCGACGAGGCAUCGCACAAGCUCAAGCUGGCCGGUGCCGAUGCCAUCGUCCUCUGCACCAACACCAUGCACAUGGUCUCUGGCGGCAUCGAGGCCGCGUCCCAUCUUCCCCUCAUCCACAUCACGGAUCCUACUGCCGAGAGUAUCCGAAAGGCCGGCUUCAGCUGCGUCGCCCUGCUCGGCACCCGCUUCACCAUGGAGAAGGACUUUUACAAGUCCCGCCUGGCCGACAAGCACGGGCUGCGGGUGAUUGUCCCCGGCGCCGAGGGCCGCGAUGCCGUGCAUUCCAUUAUCUACAAGGAGCUCUGCAACGGCAUCGUCACCGAGGACUCCCGCGAGGUCUACCGCGCCAUCAUCCGGGACCUCGCCAGAGCGGGGGCCCAGUGUCUCAUCCUCGGCUGCACCGAGAUCGGCCUGUUGGUGAACGCAGCGGGGAGCGAGCUGCCCAUUUUCGACACCGCCAAGAUCCAUGCCUACGCUGCUGCUGACUGGGCCAUGGACGAAGCCGACUGA